CCCUAUUAUCGCCCGUAUCACUCCCCACCAUCAAUUCAGCGAUUAGCGGGCACACUCGUCUCCUCAUAUUCCUACGCACUCCCACCGCCUCUCGCUCGGGCCGUCUUUCGCGUCGCAGCCCGGCCUGGCGCGUCCUCUCGCUGUUCAAACAAUCGAAUGUCGCCCUGCCCUCUCACGCCCGCUGGAUGAAUAUUGAACCUACACAUCCGAAAACGUACGCAUAGCCGGCUCUGGGGAUGGCGCCAGCUCCCCAGCCUCUGCCGAUUCGCUUCCCAUGCUGGUGCAAAGCCGUCUACUCGUGGGGCGGUGAGACUAAACGCGACCUCGGCUUCAUAGAAGGAGACCUGAUCGAAUGUCUCAAUGCCGGCGAUGGAUCGUGGUGGAUGGGGCGGUUGAAGCGCGAUAGGCGCAUGGUCGGCCUCUUCCCCUCGAAUUUCGUCGAACUCCUUAGCGAAGACUUCCAGCCAUGGAACCGCAACGGGAGCCCCAUGACACAACAGAAUGGCUCGGGCAAUGUAUCAAGGCAGAACAGCGGGCAGGCGGUCAAGCAAACGCCACAAAAGGCGAAGACGUUCAGGAAGCCCUUCACCGCAUACGCGGCUGCAGGGGCCCCGAACCCGGCAGCAGCAGCACGGGAGAUACAGAAAGCUGGCGGAUUGUCGCCGAACCCGAACGGAAGCCUCCGGCAAACCAAGCCGUAUGCGUCGAUGAAGAGGUCGUCAACCGAAAGUCGCGAAACCGCUUCUCCCGCUCCUACACCAAAUGCUCCCUCGAAUCUUCGCGCAGUGUCGCCUAGACCCACUUCAACGAGACCUGCAUACUCUCGAGCAGCGUCGCCAGCCCCUCCCGUCGACUACCAGUCUCACUCGCGAUCGCCUUCUCCCGCCCCUCCGGUGCCGUAUCGACCUCAUUCGCGAGCUGUGUCCCCAGCGCCGCCGACGCAAUACCAUCCGCAUUCGCGAGCUGUAUCACCGGCUCCAUCCUUUCAGUACCGCGCAUAUGAUAGAGGACCGUCGCCUUCGCCGUAUCAGGAUGACCUUGACCCGCCUCCUCCGCCCCCGCCUCCACAUCGCGUUCUUCACAGCAGAGCGCCCUCGCCUGCACCCCCUCGCAAUGUCUACCAUACACCCGAGCCUCCUUCUCCCCGGCCGGCAAGCAGAGGGAACUUCACACCAUCUCCGUUGACAAAUGCGAUGAACGACGUCAUGUCUUCGUUGCAGGAUAUGAGUUUGUCGAGGAGUGGGAACUCGCCGGACGAGCCUGCAACGCCGUCAAAUAUUUGGUCACCGGAAGCUUUCGACCAAGUCUAUCAGGCAUCGGCGAAGAAGGUGCGUGCACAGACAUCGAUGGGAAUUGGUGGCCAAGCGGGCUUUGCAGAUGACGAAUUCGACGAUCCCUAUCGGUCAUACGACGACGGACCUCCUCAGGUGCACAACUACGUGCAGCGGAUGGAAAGCCGCUUGCGGCGCAUGCAGCAGGAAGAAGGUCGCGCGAAUGAUGAACUCUUCAUACCUCCCGAUGCGACGGGACCACCGCCAGCAGUGCCUCCCAAAAAUUCCACGUACCAGAACAGGCCUGCUUCGUCCACGGGGGAUAAUCAACCUGAUGUGGACCGAAAAGGAUCAAAGACACUCCGUCAUCGCAAAUCAGCAUAUGAAAUAGGGCGCAAUGUCUUGGGCAGGACCUUUACAACGAAGACAAAUUCGACGACGACCACCCACACGAGCAGUUCUACGAAUCGCAGCUUGAUGUCCGGGCAGUCCGCGACCAACAUGAGUGCGACUAGCGCGGGGAGCUAUUACCGCAAGAAGCUCAGCAAAGAUAAUAGGCCUAAGACUGUAAUGGAGACGAGAACCGCGGGCACAGGCUACGGAUUUGACGAGGAUCGGCCGGAAACACCAUUCACGGGUGUCACGUAUCAUUCAAGUCACGCGUCGCAGCAACAACAAGACGAACCCACAGGCACUCCGCUGGAUGGCCCGGAUCCGCUAGGUGGACUGACUUCGCCAAAGCCAAAGAGGAGCGGCUUUUUCCGGAAGAUGAUCGACUCCGCAAAGACACAAGCUGCAAAUGCUCGUAGCACGAUCGCUUCUGGGUCAAUAAGCAGACCGGGCUCCCGAGCGGCAAGUCGCGCAGCCAGCCGUGCAGCAAGUCGUGCAGCGAGUCGACUGGACGAUCGAGGGCCAACGGGCAUCGCAGGUGGAACUGCAGUGCAGUCGAGUGCUGCACGAGAUAUGGGGCUAGGUGCUGCGGUAGACUGGGUGCAGGUCCGCCGAGAUGUGAACAGGUCGAAUUCACUAAGCAAGAAUGAGAGAUUGGAGCGAGCAGAUCGUUGCCAAAUGAUGGAUAUACCUGUCAUCAACCCUGUCGACAUUCUUUAUGAUUCAGCUGAAGGAGACGAAGGCCUGGAUGGACUUCCCAUCGCGGACCCCACCGACUUCACUACCAGUGCUCUUACGCUCGUCGACAAGAGCGCCCGGUUCGUCAACAGCAUUCCGCUUGGAACGACUCCUGCGACAUUGGCGCAGGGAUACGUGUGCAGGCCAUACAGGAGCGACGUUCAGCGGUUGAGAGCCAUCUUCACCUGGGUCAGCGAGCGCAUAUCCUGGGAGGAGGAUUUCGAAGGCGACAUCGAUACCCGCCAUGUCCUCCAAACAAAACGCGGCUGCUCGGAAGAGAUCGCCAUUGUUGUCGCAGAGAUGUGCGCAUCGGUCGGACUACACGCUGAAGUCGUGAGGGGCUUUCUUAAGACUCCUGGAGCGCCAUUAGAUCUCGAUAGCGUAGCGCGGCCUAACCACUUUUGGAAUGCUGUCAUUGUCGAAGGAGAAUGGCGCAUAAUGGACUGCUCACUGGCCGGUCCCACGAAUCCGAAGCGGGCACAGUACUCGAAUGCCAGCUCACAGGUCGCAGAGGGCUGGUACUUCCUCGCUCGGCCAAUGGAGAUAUGCUACUCUCAUGUUCCUCUUCUCCCAGAGCAGCAGCACAUCUGCCCACCACAGCCUCACGACGUCUUGAUGGCUCUUCCGUGCGCGACGCCGACAUAUUUCAAGCAUCGGCUGCACAUGGUCGACUUCGACACCAGCCUUUUGAACCUGGACAACCUCGAAAUGGCGCAUAUCUAUAUCAACGUCCCAGAAGACGUAGAGUGCGUGGCGGAAGUCGAAGCGAGAGCAUACACCCAAGAUGCUGACGGUGACCUCUUCGAAAGCGGCGACGUGAUCAGGAAGCCAGCCUUAGCACAAGCAGAGUGGAUAGGAGGCCAGAAGCGGUACACUGUCAAGGCACUGCUCCCGGGAGAUGAAGGCCAUGGCGUGCUCAAAGUAUACGCCGGACCACGUGGUCUCAUGCACUCCAACAAGCUAAACCCCCACUCUCUCGCUCUGGGCCUUCCACUCUCUCACACGGGCACCAACCCUCCGUACUCCUUUUUAACGCUCCAUCCCACCCCGCACGCUCAGCGCCACGAUCUCUACGUCGCUCAACCGCAAUGCGCAAACCUUGCCCUCAACAACACUUUCGUCUUCACCGUCCGCCAGCACCCAUCCUCACUCAGCCGCUCCCCUGACCCAAACUCCGGGAUCAACGGCCGUGCGUCGCCUAACCCGUUCGCUCGUCCUGCUUCCGCAAUGAGUAUGCAGAGUAUAUCUGCUUCGGGGUCGAACUACACGAAUCCAUCGCAAACGUCGUCGAGCUCUUCUGGCAGUAGCAAUUCUAUGAAGCCAGCGAAGUUGGCUGUGCAGACGCCUUCCGGAAAGAUUAUACGGUUGACGAGGAAGAGCGAGCAUAUGAGCGGGACCAGCGACGGCGAUGGCAGCCAGUGGGAGACGGUCAUCAAGAUCGGCGAGAAGGGCACAUGGCGAGGCCUUGUGCUCGCGGACCGGAGCGCGAGGUGGUGCGUGUUUGCGCAGUGGGAGUGUGUCUGAUGGAUCCACACAUUUCUUCCCGGGUGCACUUAGGCGGUGCGAUAGUUGUAAAGACUACGAAGGGUGGCUCCAAAGGCUGGGAAAAGUUGUUUGUCUUCUUGAUUACUUUUGGGUAUAUCUUACGGUUCUCAUCUUACGACUUGUAAUGCUGAAAGCAUGGAGUACGAUUCAAGGAAUGCAUCGCUGGCGACGGCCCUUUUGCAUCUUGCAUUGCUUGGCGUUUGGAUAGCUGGGCAGCGCUUUUUCUAUAGGAUAUACGGCGAAUCGCCGGGAGGGAAUCCUGAAU